AUGAGCUCUUCAGGUCCGACGAAGGACUUUGGGUUAAUCCCUAUUCCUCAAAGACUCUGCUACGAUGCAACGCGGCCGUUUCCUGAAUUCGGUAUCGGCCUCAACCUACUUUUCGCAUUUGCGUGUACUUUUGUUGUGGCGAAUCUGUAUUACUGCCAGCCAUUGCUAAUUCAGUUUUCCGAGUAUUUUGGCGUGUCGUAUCUCGAUUCCUCGAGAGCGCCCACUAUUCUUCAAGCUGGAUACGUCCUAGGCCUCUUCUUCCUAGCGCCUCUAGGUGACCUGCUCAGGCGCCGUCAAUUGAUCCUUGGUCUCCUCCUCUGUUCCACCGCUCUCACACUCUGCCUUGCCCUCGUCCACAACUGGACCGCUUUCCUCGUUCUCUCCUUCCUGGCAGGCACGGUUAAUAUCGUGCCACAAGUUCUCCUCCCCCUAGUAGCGGACGUGGCUCCUCCCUCCAGACGUCACUUCUUUAUAUCCAUUGUUGUCUCUGGGCUCAUCAUGGGGCUCUUGGUCGCGCGGGUCUUUGCUGGGAUCAUAGCCCAGUAUACAGACUGGCGGAUAGUGUACUACUUUGCGGUGGGUGUACAGGUAGUAGUGUUGGUUGCAUGUUACGCGAUGAUCCCGGAUUAUCCAGCAAAGACGGGGAACGACCUGAUAUAUUGGGAACUUCUAGUGUCAAUGAUGAAGCUCGCAGUGGGGGAGCCGCUGUUGAUUCAGUCAUGUCUAGCGAACCUACUUGCAGCAGCGGGCUUCUCGAAUUUGUGGGUCACGCUGACGUUCUUGCUGGGUGGUCCACCGUAUAAUUACUCCACCCUGAUAGUGGGACUUUUUGGACUUGUAGGAAUCACUGGCGUUUGUAUGACGCCGCUUGCAAGUCUGUUCUUCGAUAAGCUGCAUCCAUGGCAUGGCUCGGUGUUGGGCUGUAUAGUUUAUGGUUGUUUCCAGAGUCUCCUGGUGGGCGCGGCCGGGAUUCAUAUUGUUCCUGUCGUUUUGGCUACAGUAGGUAUAGAUGUCUUUUGCCGGAUUCUACAAGUCUCCCUUCAGAUGUCAAUACUCAGCAUUUCAGUGGAUGCUAGUGCUCGAUUAAAUUCCCUGUCCCUGAUAUCGGUCUUCCUUGGUCAAGUGAUGGGCGCGGAUGUUGGUUCGCGUGUAUUUCUGACAGCUGGAUGGCGAGCCGGGGCAGGGUUAUCACUGGGAUGGACUGGUAUCUGCCUCGUCUUACUUCUCGUACGUGGACCACAUUGUAGGCGCAACACCUGGUUCGGAUACGAAGGCGGGCUUGGGAUGAGGAAGAGUGCUGAACCGAUGCAUGAACAGUCAGAGACCGGUGAGAAAGGAAGCACCGCAAAGGACAGCUCGGAUAAAGGUCCAGAAGUCGCCUCUAUUUCUACAUAA